AUGAAUGCGUUCGAAUUCAGGAGACAAGCGGUAACCUCAAAGUUGCACCGAAUAAGGGAAACGCUCUCAAAUGCAGAAGCAAUAACCGUCCAUCAUUUGGAGACAUAUUUGCGACGAAUUGAUUCCUGCUAUGAUGAGUACAACAUUAUCCAGAACGAGAUUUACAUCGAGUUUCCUAAUCUACGGGGUGAACAAGAAACCUACUUCAUUGCCUUUGAGUUACUGUACGAAGAGCUUCGUGUUUCGAUUUGUGCCGCUUUGGACAGCCAUCGUGCACAACAAGCUACUAUACCACCAAAGCUAGCUGUUCCCGAAGCAGGAGGACAGGCACAGCAGUUGGUCGUCAAUCAACCACUCGGGUUGCCGCAUGUCCCACUUCCAUCCUUUGAUGGAACGUAUGAAAAGUGGUUUCGUUUCAAACAGCUGUUCCAAGAUUUAAUGCAAAAAUAUCCCUAUCUGUCAGACGCAACCAAGCUACACUAUCUGACGCAAACACUGAAAGGAAAGGCAGAAAGUGUUCUCAGCGAGCAAAUUUUAAACGAGAACAACUUCCAAGCAGCAUGGAAUUUAUUGGAAGAGAGGUAUGAAAACAAAAGAACGAUCAUCGAUAUUCAUGUAGGAGGUCUUCUCAAUCUGAGAAAAAUGAGCAGAGAAACUUCUUCGGAUCUCAGACAGCUUGUUGAGGAAUGUAGUCGCCACGUUGACGCUUUGGAAUUCCAUGAUCAGCACAUGCAAGGCAUGUCAGAGCAGUUAGUGAUUUCUCUCCUGGCAUCCAAAUUGGAUAAAUCGACACUCAGUCUAUGGGAAAACACAGUUAAGCCGAAGCAGUUGCCAAAAUAUAAGGAAACGCUAGAAUUUCUACAGAACCGUUGUUUUGUGUUAGAGCGCUGCGAAAUGAACACAUCACAGAAGCCGAACGAAAUGGGCAAACCAAAAGUGCUGCCUUUCACAUCACGACCACCUGUCAAAGUACACACAGCAUUGCAUACAAACGAGAGCGUGUGCGUGAUUUGCAAUGAGCCUCACAAUGUAAACAAGUGUAAUGUUUUACAACAGAUGACGGUAUCGGAGAGAAUAGCUGUCGUAAAGGAUAAACAGCUUUGUUUUAACUGUUUAAAGCGAGGUCAUCGAGUAGUUCAAUGUAAGUCACGAUUGUGCACAGUUGCUGGCUGCGGAAAGAAACAUCACACACAAUUGCAUAAUGAAAAAUCGGUGGUGGCAGAAACAUCUACUGCGACAGAAAACGUUCCAGAACAAAAGAUAGAAACGCCAAAUCUACCCGCACAAUCAGUUCCAAAUGUUGCAUGUUCCAGCACCCUGAUGCCAGAAAAGAGUUUUAGUAAACAAGUGAUAUUGUCUACAGCUGUGGUUCAUGUGAAGGAUCGGAAUGGAGUCUAUUAUCCAUGCCGAGUGUUACUAGAUUCGGGAUCACAAUCUAAUUUUUUGUCGGAACAUAUCGUGAACUUACUACGGCUCAAAUGCGAUGUCGUGCGAGUGCCAAUCGUCGGUAUUAAUGGUGAAAAGCUUAUCGCUACCAAACAAACUAUGACAGAAGUGAAAACAGUGUACGGAAAUGCAUCUUGGAUACUCGAGUUUCUAAUAGUACCUCAAGUUACCGGCCUUCUUCCGUUGCAUAAAAUCGACAUCCAACAGUGGAAUGUCCCACCUGAUUUGAAUCUGGCAGAUCCGAAGUUCAAUAUCCCAGCGAAAGUUGACAUGCUUGUCGGAGCGGAGUGA